CCAGCGCUCUCUCGGUAAUGCACUGUGAACAGGGACAAGCAAGAGAGCGAGUCACACACACACACACACACACACUCUUUCACACACGUACAUGCUGCCUCUGUCACACACCCUCACACCCGUACACCUUCACACUGUGCCACUCCUUCACACACACACCCUCACACGUGUGAGUUGAGGCUGAGAGGUGCCUCGGUCGGGAGACACACUUUCCCCCCUGUCUCUCACUGUGCAGCUGGACUCAACAGAACCAGACCGGACUGCUGUCACCCACCAGUGGACACUCGCAUGAGCGGCGGCAACACAGCAUCUACCGGUGCGGGUGAACGCAACGGGUGAUGCCAGGAGUGCUUGAGAGACAGCGAGGAAACAAGCCGCACUCCGUCCGGCAGCGUCCAUCCACAUCCCUUCAUCCUCGACCCAGCUUGCGGAGCUGAUACUUCAGGUCGGACGGUCUCUACUUCUUCUUCUUCUACUUCUCUGUCAUUGUUUCGGGAUGGAGAAAUUUUACAGGUGAGGGGCAGAAGGAAAAGGAGCUGCAGUGUGCCCCGACACUGUCACUCCUGUUAUUUUGGAGAGUUGAUAUUCGGACGUUUUUCCGUCCCACUGAAUCGAUUCAGGCUUCUGAUCGGGACUGAGCGGGUUAGGAGGACUAAAUGUGAUUUUUGUGUGGGUUUCAUCAUGUGGCGAAUGGUUCUGUUGCUGAACCCUUUCGGACAGGAUUGAGUCAAACUUCCGUGGAGCUCCAGGAGUGGGGUUAAGGUACACUCGGACUGGGACAGAGGCAUUGGGAGACGUCGGCUACAGUGCGUUGGUUUUUGGGUGGAUAACAACAUGACUUGUCCCAACACAGUGACGUAUCAAGGCUUCACCUGAGUCUCACUCUUAACCAGAAAACAAACGACCGGAAGGACAUUUAAAGGCUAUCGCUCAUCAAUCCGAGCCUCAACCAGCACCAGUUGUCAGUUUUGGGUGGGCCUUUCAGGGAUCCACCCUUAUUUCCUCCACCUCCUCCUCUUCCUCCCCUCCUCUCCCUCUUUUUUUUCUCCCCGUCGCUUCGGUCCAUCCUCAGAAGCCCCCUCCUCCGCUCCGCACCCCCUCCCUCAGCGGUGCUCCGUCGCCCUGGGUGAGUGGGCAGGGGGGUGGCCCACGGUACCCCCCGACACCUGGGCGCCACCGAGCCGCCAGAGGCUGGUGAGGCGGCGGCAGGGUCAGAGCUGGGAAGAUGGCUGCUCUCGCCAGUUCCCUUAUUCGCCAGCGCAGGGAGGUCAAGGACCCCCAGGCAAACCGGCAGAUCGCCAGCAAGCGCAAGCCCUGCCCAAAGAGCAACAAGUCGCUCUGCCAGAAGCAAAUCCUAAUAUUAAUAUCGAAGGUUCGACUAUGUGGCAGUCGAGGGAGAAAAAUGGAGAAAAGACCAGAGCCCCAGCUGAAGGGCAUCGUCACGCGGCUUUACUGCAGACACGGCUUCUACCUCCAGAUGCUGCCGGAUGGCACCAUGGAAGGCACAAAGGACGAAAGCAGCUCCUUCUUGCAGUUCAACUUGAUUCCUGUGGGGCUCAGGAUAGUGGCCAUCCAGAGCACCAAGACAGGGCUCUACGUUGCCAUGAACAGCGAGGGCUACCUCUACACUUCGGAACACUUCACGCCCGAGUGUAAGUUUAAGGAGUCUGUGUUUGAGAACUACUACGUCACCUACUCGUCCAUCCUGUACAGACAGACCCAGUCGGGCCGGGCGUGGUACAUCGGUAUCAACCGAGACGGACAGGUCAUGAAAGGGAACCGCGUCAAGAAGACGAAGGGAGCCGCGCACUUCCUGCCCAAACUCAUUGAAGUGGCCAUGUACAGGGAGCCCUCUCUACACGACGUCGCUGAGCAAAGCCCGCCCAGAAAAACGCCCAAGACCUCCAGUGACUCGCCCGUGCUCCAGAACGGCAAGAAGGACCUUCAAUCCAAAACCAAAACCUCCUCCUCCUAGCGCUCACAGACACAGGUGGGAGGAAUGGUGGAGGACACGGGGCACUGGGCACCAGUGGACACCUGCCCAGGGUUGUUAGGGCUAUGUCCCCACACACACCUGCUGCCUGCAACACUGACCCCACGAGAACUCCGCGUACCACAAUGCAAUGGUGUAAAGUUAGAGAAAAAGAGCAGGUCCAUGCAGAGUGGAGCUGGCCAAUGGGAAGCCCCUUUUACCUUCACAGACCCCCCCCCCAUCCACACCAGCCCUCCACCUUCUGAUUUAAUAACCUCUGUGAUUAUCGAAGCCUGGGAUUUAAAAGCAAUAACUCCAUGAAGAGGUGAACUAGCAUCGUAUAGCAUGUCACCACAGCGUGUUUAACCUGCUGGAAGGAAAUCCCACACACCUUCUAGCCGCCAUCAGCGACGUCCUUCCACUCAACCAAAUAUCCGAGCAGAGUCUUCCUGAUUUUACCACAACGGGUGCAACGGUCUCAUCCGUCCCUCGGCAGCGCACACUUUACAAAUGGGUCGUGUUUUUAUUUCCCCGCGGGGUUCCAUGCUAAUGUUAGCCUGACACAGAGCCAUGCUAAUGCGAGGCCGUCGCAGAGACCCUUGCAGACUUUUGUUCUGCAGCCAUCUGCUCACUCUACAUCUUCUGCGUGUGUCAGCGACUUUGUGCGAUGGCCUGGAUACUUGUCAGCCCUGCUUGUGUGUGUUUGUGUGCGAGUGUGUUCCCUUCUUCUUCCAUUCACCUUUGGCGCGAUUUGAUUAGUUUGUGACAUGGACUCAAUUUUCCACUCGGCGGCACAAGAAAACCCCUCCCGUCCUCUCCGGCUCUGUUACUAGAGUCUGGGGCUGAUCAGAAUCUUUCGACCCUUAAACGAGGGGCCAAGAGCUCCCUCGGCACACUGCGUUACCACACACACACACACACGCUCAUUACUACACUGACAUUUAAACACGCACGCCGAGAUGUGCACACACUUUAGCACCCUGAUAUCCAUGAGCGACGACCGCAGAAAAUGAUCUCACGACUUAACACACUUAACACAAUGACAUGCAUUACACACACUCAGAAAUGCACAUGUCGGCGCGGUUGUGAGUGUGUGUGCAGGUUCUGGGAGAUGAUGAGGAUAUCAUCAGUGAGAUGGGGUACUGAUGGAGCCUGACUGUGUGGCUUGUGAUUGCACAGCAAUAGCUUUUUUCACUGUGGCUGGCCAUGCGUCGCACAAACCCCUGAGGCCCACACAGUAUCUGUGGACCCUGGAUAUUUCAAUGUGGUGUGCUUGUCUAAAAAUACUGAUCUUGGUUUUAUUUAAUUAUUGCAUCCACAUUGUGCUACUACCUUCUAAUGAAUUAAAAAAAUAUAUAAGCUUUUGCAUAUGAUAACAGUUUCUGCAGAUUCCAUGCUACCCCAUCUCUGCCCCCAUGCCAGAAAUAUUUACUGUAUGGAACUGUAUGUGAUGGAUUUUUAAAGGGGCACUCCACUUAUUGUACAUGUCAAUGGUACAAGUCAUUUGGAGUACUACUCAGCCUGUGAAAACAGUUGUAUGGUGAAUAGUUUAUAGGAACUUUCUCAAAUCUGAGGAAAUUACUCCAGUGACAGCACUUGAGUAAUUAAGCGUUGGGAUUGAAGACCUUAAAGUCUAACUGAAAGACUGCAAUGCAAACUUGAGUACAAUACCUAAAACUGACACCCAAACCUGGGCUGUAUCCGCAUACAAAACCUAUAUUUUUGAAUAAUUCCAUUCAUUACUGACUGUUUGGUUGGAGAUUCUGGUUUGUUAUGCUAGUAGCCACUGAUGUGACCUUGAGCUACUAGCAACAAGCUAGAGAUGACUACAGAGGUCACUUCUUUCUUCCCGAGAUUCUUUUCAUUUUGUCUUAACGUGUAGUGUUCAGCCCUACCUAAGGGUGACUCAAGCAGCAGUUUAUCAGAUUAACCACAGCUCAGGAGCCACAGAAGGCUUCAAUACAACUUCUUUCACAGAAGCAGUAGUACUCCCUAACAUCUGUAAACAGACUUCGAUGUGUAAAAUUGGUGGUUUCCCUUUAAUAUAUUACAUUUGAAAAUACCUAAGCCCAAAGUUUCAGCAACAAAAUUUCCCUGAUUUGGGUCUAAUGAAAGAUGCAAUCACACUGCAUUAUGGGGAGUGUAAGAUCUGGUGGUUUUUGUUUCUUUGACCCAUACUAGGGACUAAAAGUCAGGAAUUCUCGGCUUGUGCUCCUUUGAUUUUAACCAUUCUUUUUUUUAAUCUAUUUCUUGCAUGUCCCCCGAUGGUAUUGAAGUGCAACACUAAAUGAAUGAAAUGGUCCUUUAAAUCUUUAUUUACGCAUGGACUAGUCAGCUGAGCACCUCGGCCCAUGACAUGCAACAACACCGUACACGCUUUUUUUCUUUUUUUUUUUCCACACAUUUGCUUAAAAGAUGCUAGUUUCUACCGCUUACAACUGACCCUAACCCUUAUUUCAUUCAAAAUCCAAUCUUAAUCUGUUUCUAAAUGUGUUUAUAUGAAUCACCAUGAAUCUCUACUGAAGACUUUGGUUAUGAUGCAAAGGAAUUCAAGCCUUCUCUACUUGUCAUAUUUGAAAGUUCAUAGAAUUACUGUGUUUUGUCAGGAGGAAAAAUAAGAAACCAAAGUCAUAUUUAAAUAAUGUAACUGAUAGUGGUCGUACAUAAGACGGAUGAUGAUUCUAAAAGAGGAAAUAUAAAGAUAGAUGUGAUCCCAUUUUUUUGUCAGCGAUCUGAUAGACCCUCAAGGUAAAGAAAGUAACUAUUUAAAAUAUUUACCAGCCUCGUUCAGGAGGCCUUGUUUUGUGCGUUUGCAUUUGUUCUUCCCAUUCAGCACCAAAAGCAAUCAUUUUUCAUAUCAAACUUUCUUGGUACAAUAUGCCAGGCAGCGUAAUUGUUUCUGCCUAAUGUUUAUGUAUUGUGGGAAGCGAGGGAGUCCUGUGUGUUCAGGAGGCGGAGGCGAGGCGAGAUUGAUGUUUAGGGCUCAGAGAGAGGGACGCACCAAAGAAAAGAAAACGGAGAAAGAGAGGGAUUUUUAGGGGAAAUCAUUUGCGGUGAUGAGCUGAAGAAGAAGAGCUUCGAGAGGAAAUUAUGGUAAUGCGGACAGAGUUCCCUUUAACGCACACACACACACACUUAAACACACUUCUCAUUUCAUGCAUAAUCCUCUGCUCCCCUGUAACCUCUGGUUGUAAAUAAUAAUAGCCGAUAACCCCUCGCAGAAUGGAGGCGAGCCGCUGAGCAAAGUAAUCUGCUACCUGAGAGAUGAAGCUAACGUUACCUCUGCUUUCCCGCGGAGAGGAAGAUAGGCGAGAAGGACGAAAAGAGGUAGCUUGAGAGGGAAAGACGGGAAAGGAAGUAAGGAGAAAGAUGGGUGAUAUAACAAAGAAAUUACUUGUGAGAAAUAAAAAAAAGAAACUUUGAGUUCAAUGAACUGCAACCCAUCAGAGAGUUAUUCCCAUUAUUAUUCUUUAUUUAUUUGUUCUCUGUUAA